AUGGAAACAACCGCCUUUAGCGAUCUCGAGUGCAAGUUCGAUGAAACUGAUGUAAUUGUUAUGGACACAGGGUCGGGUCUCACUAAAGUCGGCUACAGUGGCUACGACGUCCCUGUGAGGGUUAUCCCGACUGUGGCCUUUCAAGCCGAGUUUACUCGAGAAAGCUCGUUUGAUGACAGUCUGAUCCUUGAGACUACCAGUGGGAGUCGGGCAAGCACAGCUGAGACCAAGGAUGCAAAGCUGUACGGUGAAGAUGCGAUCCAUGCCUUCGUCGAGAGUGGUGGCCAACAAGCGAGUGCUGGUGAACGGCAAAUAAUACGACCAGUGCAACGUGGUGAGAUCAUUGAUAAGGAUCAUCUCGAGGCCUUCUGGGAGUACACACUGAGACAGAUAAUGAGACCAUCCAAGCGGAAGCUCGAUGGAGCAGUGUCUCUGGAGGAGUUCCCAGUAUUGAUGGCUGAUACCCCAUCUAGUACUGCUGUGGCGACGGCUAGCAAUGAUCAACUCGUCGGUGUUGGUGGCAACAGCUAUACUCGAGCGUGGAUGGCAGAGGUUAUGUUUGAGAAGUUCAAUGUUCCGGCUUUUGCUGUCAUGAAUACAGCAGCCCUCUCCUUGUUCUCCACCGGUAUGCCCACGGGGCUAGCGGUCGACAUCGGGGAAGGGUAUCCUCUAUGA